UUCGAGUACCAAUAAAUAAAGGGCGAUUCCGAACAAUGGAUGCACUCAUGGACUCUCUAAACGACUCCAUUCCUAUGCCUUUUGGCGUUCGUCGAUUGCACACCCCCAAUGGCAAAACUCCGAUUCGUUCUAUAGACGAACUCCAACCUCAUGGAAGGUACAUUGCGGCCUCUAGCACCCGACGAGUUCAGGGAGUCGAUUUGGAGGCAAUUGAACGCAGAAAACGGCACAGGGAAGACGCCCAACGUCGCUGGAACUUUCAGAGUUCGCCUACAACUACACAUGGGGGGUCGGCGAAUACAGGUCAAAUUCAAUUGACAGCGUCAAAAGGGGGAGCGGCAGAGAUUAAUGUAAGUCUAUGCUCUAUUAGAAAAAUUUUUAGAAAAUUUCUAAAUUUUCUAAAAUUUUCAAAAAAAAUUUUCAAAAUAAAAUUUUCAAAAAUUUAA